CUCAGACCAGAUUGCAAUAUCCGUCGUACCGGCAAGUAAUAGAAACUGUAUGCUGGGUGCUCAUCGGAUUCCAACGUCUUUUCUGGGAGAGCUGGCCACAGGAAGUGAAACAUCCCGAAUACCCCUGUCUGUACCUUCUUCCACCUCUUGUACAACUGGAGUGAUUGAAGUGGACGUCCUAGGACACCCGAACCGCGAUGAACACUGAACAGCCUGUACAAGACCCACUCCUCGCAUCGUGCAUAGUGUGAACAACAGCGAUAUCGAAUAUACAGAGGAAGAAUCGGUUCUGUAGCUACUACGCCUGGUUUCAAGGCAUCCUCUCCUGUUCAUUUGCCCAGACCCCGGAUACGUAC